AUGAAGGGCGGGGCCAAGGUGGUCGUCGUGCCGCACAAGCACGACGGCGUCUUCAUCGCCAAGGCCAAGGAGGACGCGCUCUGCACCAAGAACAUGGUCGCCGGCGAGUCCGUCUACGGCGAGAAGAGGGUCUCCGUCCAGAACGAGGAUGGAACCAAGGUUGAGUACAGGGUGUGGAACCCCUUCAGGUCCAAGCUGGCUGCUGCUGUGCUCGGUGGUGUGGACAACAUCUGGAUUGCUCCUGGAACUCGUGUGCUGUACCUCGGAGCUGCCUCUGGAACAACCGUGUCUCAUGUGUCUGACAUCGUUGGACCAACUGGGUUGGUGUAUGCUGUUGAGUUCUCUCACCGGAGUGGUAGGGAUCUUGUCAACAUGGCCAAGAAGAGGACCAAUGUCAUCCCCAUCAUCGAGGAUGCUAGGCACCCGGCAAAGUACCGGAUGCUGGUCGGCAUGGUUGAUGUUAUCUUUUCAGAUGUUGCACAGCCUGACCAGGCGAACUGUAUCGAUUCCACCCAGGCGGCAGAGGCCGUGUUCGCCAGUGAAGUGGAGAAGCUCAAGGCCGACCAGUUCAAGCCCUCAGAGCAGGUGACUCUGGAGCCCUUCGAGCGCGACCAUGCUUGUGUCGUUGGUGGUUACAGGAUGCCCAAGAAGCAAAAGUGA